GACGAAUCUGCCGUACUUCGGCAUGCGCCUAGGUACCUAGGCGGUGCAAUUUAGUAUGCACUGUGUAGGUCGAGCUGCCAUACGCACGGGCCAGUACCGUAAAUCCCCACCUGUGGGGUUGCGCCUGCCGCCGCGUCGGGUUCGCGUUGAGUGGGUGGACUAGGCUCGCAGCUGCACCCCGGGAAAUCGCGGUCUCUGCCUAACAAACACCUGCAGUUUGCUCAUGGUUGCCUCUCGACAUCUGCUCCCACGCCACUCGUCUCCAGACUGCUUCUCCCAAUCUUAGAAUUCGACAUAUCUUCGUACUCCACGAACCCCUGGCCAUCGGCUCGCUCCGAUACCACUGUCCAUCUUCAUGUAAGACCGCCUGCCCGCGAUUUGACGCGUCGCGACGGCCGACUCCCAGGCACGAUGGCCGCGCAGAACGGUGGCAGUUCUGCCGAACAAUUGUUGUUUGACGAAUGCACUUUCGCAUUUGUACCAAGCAGUGCUCUCACUCAAGGCACAAUCGAUGUGUUGAAAGACACCGUCGAGAAGUAUGGCGCCCAAGUCGUUGACCGCGAAGAGGACGGGUCCAUCUCCGUCCCGGAGUGCACUCACAUCAUUUCCAAUACGGUCGACUUCCCGGAGUAUGACGAGGCCAUGGCGAUGAUGGUCCCUGUGGUUGUGCCUGAAUGGAUCAACGCUUCCCUACACAAGAAUCGCCAGGCACAGAUCCGGCCAUAUUCCCCCGACCCGCGCCUGAUCUUUUCCAACGUCGUCCUGACAUGUGAUGGUCUUCCAAUCAUGGACAAGGAAACAAUCUCUGGUGCAGUCCUCGCCAUGGGCGGCAUGGAGUCCAAGAAUCUCGGCCGCCUGACCACUCACAUCUGCGCGCUGACGAUGGAUGGACCCAAGGCUCAGUCGGCCUUGAAGAAUAAUCCCCGAUGCAAGAUCGUCUUGCCGCAUUGGUUUGACGACUGUUUCCGCCUGGGCAAGAGGAUAGACGAGGGGCCCUAUUUGCUUCCAGAUGCCGAGAUACUGCGAGCGGGCUUCAAGGAUGCUGUUGCUAUCCCACCGAGCCAACACCUCGACGGAGCAGCGUCAGCUCGCCCCGAUAGACCGCCCAUGACUGCAGACUACCAAGCAGGAGCCCGUGAGAAGUUGACUGUCUUCCGAGACAAGCGGGUUGUCUUGUCAUGGGACCUCGGCAUCAACGAAAAGCUGCGAAAGACCUUGAAAGGCCUUAUUGAGAAUGGAGGGGGCACGGUGGUCGACACUGGGAGUGAUUGCGACUGGUUCGUGUGCCAGUACCGCGAUGGACCAGAGUAUGUCAAAGCUGCCCAGCAAGGCAAGGACGUCGGAAAUCUGGCCUGGCUUUACUAUAUGAUCAUGCGCAACCAAUGGGCGAAUCCACUUCGGCGUCUCUUGCACUAUCCCGUUCCUAAAGAGGGACUUCCGGGAUUUCAGGGAUUCCGAAUUUCAAUCUCCAAUUAUGGUGGUGAGGCACGCAUCUACCUCCAGAACCUGCUCAGAGCUGCAGGGGCCGAGCCCACUGGUUCAAUGAGGCAAGACAAUACACAUCUGAUUACCGCGCGCAAGAGUGGCGAAAAGUGCGAGGCGGCUGCUGAUUGGGGCAUCCAUGUGGUCAACCACCUGUGGAUCGAAGAGAGCUACGCCAAGUGUGAGGUGCAGGCCUUGACAGAUCCUCGUUAUGUGCACUUUCCUCCACGGACAAAUCUAGGCGAGAUCAUUGGCCAGACUCCUUUCGACGAAUCGAAGCUUCAUGAGAAGUAUUACCCAGGCGGAGACGAUGAUAUGGACGCUGUUGCUCGUCGCAAGAGGAAGAUCCAGGAUCUGGUCAAGGAAAAUGGAGCUACGCAUGGUCCAGCUGCUGGACUAGUAAUAGGAAGACAGAAGCAUCCGGACUUCGAUGUGAUGAAGGAUGACGACGUCGAGUUCGCUGAGAAGACUACCAAGACAUUCGGUGUCCCGGCACCCCCGAAAGACAAGACAAAAGCACAUGCAAGUGCUACGCCGGUUAGGACCCGACGCUCACUUGGUGGCAAGGAAAACGAUACGUCUUCUGUCUUUUCGAGUGGCAGCCGCAGUGCCAAAGCCUCGGCACUCAACAAGCUGCACAACUUGGCACCGGAUAUUGCGUUAUACGAGAAAGAGCGGAAGCGAAAAUCCACCGGCAAUACACCGUUUGGUGGUAAGCGUGCCACGAACCUCUUUGAGCAUGAGAGAGAGAAAGAACGGGAGAAGAAGGCUCAGGAGAAGGCCCGAUCUUCUAGUCCUAACCGCGACCAUGCCGGCGAGGACGAGGAUGAGGAAGAGGCGGAGGUGGAAGAGAAGCGGCCAGCGAAGAGGCACAAACCAUCCUUGCCAGCCAUCGACAUGCGUAUCAUCUUAACGGGCUAUCAGGGUUGGCUCAACAACUUGAAGAAAGAAGAAGCAGACAAGAGAAAGCUGCGCAGCAUGGGCAUCCAGAUUGUACAUGAAAAUUCAGCAUGUGACUAUCUCGCCGCACCGCACAUGGUUCGCACCAUCAAAUUCCUUCGCGCCCUAGCCCGAGGCCCAGAAGUCAUCAACUCUAGCUUCAUUGAUGCCUGCCUCCAAGCUGGCGAGCGCCUUGACGCCAAUGAGUACAAGCUCAAGGACAAGGCCAACGAGACGAGAUUCGGAGUCAAGCUGGAGAGGUCCAUCGCACGAGCGCGGGAGAAUAAGGGCCGCCUGUUGUGGGGUGUGCCCAUAUAUUGUACGAAGGACAUCAAGAGCGGCGCCGAGAGCUAUCGGCCGAUUGCAGAGGCCAAUGGCGCCAUCUUCAAGACAUACACCGGACGGGGUGCAUCAACCAUCAAGCCCACCAACCCGGAAGAGGACUCUCAAGGGCCGGAGCCAGUGUAUCUCUUGACGUCCAACAGCAAGGCAGAGCGUGAGCUCUGGCCGAGGUUCGAGAAGAUGGCGAGGGAUGGAAACAUGGAGCCGAGGGUUGUGUCCUCGGAUUGGCUGUUACAGGUGGCCAUGAGCCAGGAGUUGAAGUUUGACAAGAAGUACCUGGCGACAAGGUUCUUCAAGGACAAAUGAUGCUCAUGCCACGGUCUGAAGCAUCAAGAUUGCUUUGGUCGGCCGGCGUAAUUUGCUGUGGUUUUUUGUUCGCGACUGGGGGAGUCUCUGGAGCAUCCUACUUCUGGCAGUUGUUCGGAAACGCCAGUCAUGGCAUAUUGCGCAUUUAGGCAGCGCAAUGCGAUGAAUGCGUUGAAUUCUGUAACCCAACUCUCGAUCCGUCGUAUCCCUCAGAAGAACUUGACACCUUGUGAAUCUUCCUGCCCGAAGAUUUGUGCCUUGCCCCUCUUGACCAGUACGUUGAGGGCUUUCUGUAGCAGGUCCUGAUCCAGGCCGUGGAAUUCUGUUGUAGAUGGGGGUUCGCACAAUCAGCAUUUCCACUGUCGCCACGCAAUGGUCGAAACACGGCGCAACUUACCGGUGCCCCUCGUACCCUCGCCCUCGACAAGCUCAUACAGCGUCAGCACGGUCCCUUUCUGUGCUGUCUCGUCGACCCAGGCUUCGACAAGUGCAGCCCAUUCCUCGGGCGUGCGCCAGUACACCCACACGACGUCACCGCCAGCGCCCUCGCCGUCACCGACGUACUCGGCCCGCCCGUCCUUUUUCAUAAAGUCGACCACCUCCCUGACGUCCGCCAGCGCAAGCCGCCUGUUGAGUCUCCUGUUGAAGAAUAUGUCCUCGGCGGUGGCGCCGGCGGUCGAGGUGGAGGUGGUCGUGGAGGUGGUGGUCGUGGUCGUCGGGCUCAAGGGCAGCUUGAAGAUGCGGUGGUGCUGGCAGUACGAGAGGACCAGCGCCGACCACUUUACCAGCUGGGCGUGGUGGGUGUUGAGGUUGGUCUGGCGGGUGAAGAAGGGUGGGAAGUAGUACUCGCGCGGGAAUUCGAAUGGGGCCGCUGCUGUUGAGGUUGAGGUCGCCAUGGUUCGAGGUGUGGAGGUGUAUCGAUGUGAAUCAGUCGUUGGGUUUGUGUGAUGUCGCGAGGGGCGGAACAAAGGAAGUUGUAGCAUCAGGUCGCGAA